AUGAAGUUUAGAAUCGUUAGAUUUAUUUUAGGAAUUGUAGGUCUUAUUGUGAUAAUUCAGGUGUUGACGACCAUUUAUUUCUCGUCCAAACACUGGCCAGAAGAACAUCCAGUGCAUGGGAAUCGACAUGUUCCAAGAUCGAGUUUAAAAACCGGCCCACACGUGGGGAUCGAGUCAAAACAGGUAAUGAAGAUAAGCAAAUUUAUUUAAUUGAAGAAAAAAAAAAUUUAUCAUCAUUUCCGUGAAUGACUAUUGCUCUUUCUUUCGGGUUGUAUUGAGGCAUUCAAAACCGCUAAUUAUUCUAGAAUUGCCAACCCACUUCUAUAAUUUUCAAUCAAAAUACUGCACUAGUAUCUAUCAGCUGAACAAUAUUUUGCGAGCGGUUUGUUUUUCCUUCUUCGCCUGUCUUAUUCUAAGGAAAAUCCUGACGGGAUCUUGCGUUAACAGAGCAUGAUUAAGUUUCACAUUUUCCCUUAUAUAAACGAUUCAUCAAAAUAUAUUUUUAAGGACUUUUCUUCGCUCUAAGAAUGGUUUUUGUAAAGCAGCUAUGUUCCCAUUGAAUAAUUUAACAAAGUUACUGGUACUGCUUUGGUCGUCACUCGGACUUUUAAGACCUAAUUAUUCCAACAUCGUGUUGUGGAAAGAAGUUCACCCUUAACACUUCUCGCAUAUUUGGAGGAUCUGUUAGUAAGAGAGUAUCCUUCAACGUCAUUUUCCCUUGAGAGUCGCGACACCCCAAAAAGUUUCUAGAUUGUUCAUUAGUUAUUUACUCGUCAAUACAAAAUAGCGAAUACAGUGUUGAUUUAAGAUAAUCGACGAAUAGCGAAGUCUCGUAUCUAUAUCAGAAGUGAAUAUAGCAGAGAGUUCUAAAUCCGCUUAGAUAAGCUUUACAAGCACUUAGAUCGCACUUAUAAAAACCAUGUUCAUUGUGAACUGUAAUCUCGCUGCAUAAUUGCAGUGCAUUAUAAUGUUCACCGGUCAUUGUUCGGUCUAGCAAAUAUUCCGCCGCGGGCGAAUACUAAAUAGAUCGAUACCUUAGAAUAAGUGAAAAGCUUUAAAAAAGAAAAGCGGCAAUUCACUGAAAACGAAUAAAAGAAUUAUAAGUAUAAAACUGCAAUGAUAAAGUCAUCAACAUCCCACUGAAUAACAUAAGUUAAUUUUUAUCAGUGAUUUCGGUCUAUGAUUAUUUGUUUUAAGGAUUAAACAUAACAAAAUGUAUUUAAAGUGGCUCUUCGAUUCAUAAUAUUCAAAUUUAAAUGCUUAUGGACAUUUCCAGUUGCCUUAAAAUUGCAUCUAUACUGAAUGCUCUAUCAACAUUGCUGAUUGAUAUUUUUCACCUAUAGAGGGGCUUUUUAACAGAUAAUGACAUCUUCCUUUGUAUAUAAAGCAAUAAGUUAUUAUUGUGUUUAAAUAAUGAACACAGCUGAAUUCAUAAAAUGUGGAUCAUCAUGUUUUCUCAAAAUCAUUGCUUAUCUCACCUGUCCAUACAAGGAUUUUUAAGAAUUUUGUUUAACCCUUUUACUCCUGAAAUUUCUAAUAGUAAUUCUCUUUACUAUCUACCACAUUAUUCUUAUAAUGUUAGUUUGGAUAAUUUGUUAUUGGAUCAACCAGUAAUCCCCUAAUUUAAAUUUUUUUUUCUCAUCAUUUUCUGCUUCACAGUGUUUUGACAUUUUGGAGAAAUUCUGUUUAGUCAUCCAUGAGAAUGACCAAGAAUUCUAUCUUCUUCACCAAUAACUCAUUAAUUGAAUUAAAACUGUUUUUAACUUUGUUAAUAUUGUUUUUUACUUAGGAUCCAGAACAAGGGGAACAGUUGAAAAAAACAGAGAAGAAUAAUGGGCAGGCAGCUUUAGAGCAACCAUUUGUUCCUCCAUGUAAUGUGAAACACAAAGAUGCUCUUUCUGCAUUAAAGAGGGUGAAAUCUGAGAAAUGUAGAAGACUUAUUUACAAGACAGCAUGUCUGUCAGAAGCCAAAUUACUAUAUACCUCUCUACUUGACAUUAAAAGAACUUGCCCUGCACCACGUUCUACUAAGGGCCCUGCUAAACCAAUUGAUCUUAGUCGCACAGCAUAUGGAAACCCAAUCAGAAUUGCUUUUGUUCUUACUCUUCAUGGACGAGCUUUCCGACAAGUAAAGAGAUUAUUCAAGGCUUUGUACCACAGUAAUCACUACUUUUUCUUUCACAUAGACACUGUAAGUAUUGUUUGAUUCUUCAGAUAUAAAAUGUUUCACCCUAAUACACCUUGCAUCAGCAUCCGUAUUCACUAUAAUCUUUUGUUUGCAUUUCCUUUGGUGUUGACAAGGACAAUUCAUUUAACAAUCAAAGCUUCUUAUGUUAGCGAAUGAUUCAACAGUAUUAAAAUAAAGAGAAAUGAGAUGUUGGUCACCUAUAGGAGAUGCAGUGGCCUCAUGGUUAGUGCACUCAACUCCGGAUCGAGUGGUAUUUAUUUAACAAUCAAAGCUUCUUAUGUUAGCAAUCAUUUCUUUUAUUUCACAUAACCUAAAUGAAUGAUUCAAUAGUAUUUUCCCUCCAUAAAUGAGAUUUCUUAAAAAAUUUGGGGAAAUUGUAGUUUGGAUAUUUAUCUUUUACUGAAAGAAAUCCUGUAAUCUUUUCUCCUUUUUGGUUUAGAGGUCUGAUUACCUGCGAAGAGAAGUUUUAAAGAUGAUACGUGAUUUUCCAAAUGCCGCAGUGGCACCUUGGAGUAUGGCAACUAUAUGGGGGGGAGCAAGUCUUCUCCAAAUGUUGCUGAAAUGUAUGGAGGACUUAUUAGCCAAGAAAGACUGGAAAUGGGACUUUUUUAUUAACCUGAGUGAAUCAGACUAUCCAAUACAGUAAGUACAAGCUGUAUUCUGAUUAGAUUCCCUUACCAGCAGGAAAAAUUGUGCACGAUGAGUGGAAUACACAAUGGCUGAAGGGUACUGACAGAAGUACAGCACAACCAAAGUUACUUGAUACAUUGUGUUUGCAACAAUCAUGCUUGUAAACUAUACCUAAAAUUUGCAACACUUUGACACACAAGCUCUCCCUGAACAUUGUUCAAUUGGAAAUUUCAAGGGUCAAAACCCUCACUUUUGAAAGAGGCUAAUUGCAAAGCCUUUUAAAUGAGAUCUGUUUGCUUGAGAAUAAACGCUCAUUUUGUAUUUGGGGUUUGGCACUAAUAUCUUUGUUUAAAACAGGGGGCCUUUUAAAUUUUAAUUCAGGAUCUGUUAGAAUAAACAAAAGGCAACUUUUUGUAAGGCAGGAAAAAAUAAAGGAAGAUUGUGACAUAACACUAAUGCAAUUGUUGAGAUUUUCAAACCUCAAAGUAAAUUAACUCUUCAGUGCUUCCCUUUUCUCAGGAGAGUAGCAGAGAGCCAGCGAGGCUGGUGUAACAGUGAUAUACAUGUAUGAGCAUCCAAAUGCACAAUUGGUAUUUAUAAAUGUUUAUGCACCUAAUCAGUUGUUGUGUUCCUUUGUUCCUUAGACACAACUCAAAACUGGUGGAAUUUUUAAGAGCCAAUAGAGAUUUUAACUUUUUAAAACCCCAUGGAAGGGAACUUUUAAGGUUUGUGCUUCAUCUCCUGAUUAAACCCCUUAACUCCUAUGAGUGACCAAGAGAGAAUUUCUCCUUACAAUAUCAAUACAAUACCAAGCAGUCAAAACUUACAUCAUGAGAAUUGUAUGGCAGACAGUAAUAAGAAAAAAAGGCUCAAUUUUAUCGAUCGUUGCCAUUCCACAAUCAAGUGUAGCUUUCAACAUUGAUCUUUUUUCUAACUUCAAGUAGCUAAUAUUUUUGUCAAUUAUAAAGAUGACCUUUAUGAUGAUUAAGUUAUCUUUGAAUUGUUUAUCUUGUUUAUUAUAUAACUGGCAGCGCCCGUGGACAAGAUGAAACGAAUCCUGUGUUCUGAUCUGCUACCCGAAUGGACAAGAUGGUCUCCUCUUGCCCACUCGUGGUCGCUUGCUUUGAUCUCGCACAAGGAAAAAACUCCUCGUCGAAUUUUGUGUAGUUUUCUAAUUAGAUUCAACCAAGCUUUUCGACAUUUAAUCGCCACAUAGUAAACUUAUCGAAUCACGUUAUUUUUCAAUUUUCAAAUGAAAAACGAGCACGCGCCAUUACCGUUUCCUUCUUUCGCAACCGUUUCCUUCUUUCGCAGCGCUCGGAAAUAAAUGAUUCAUUCCGGAUUUUUAUUAAAAGCAAAUCUUUUUGUUAUGUAAUAAAUCCUUUAUCGACCGAGCUUCUUUGCUGCGUUUUUAUGGAACCCGACUUCGUCUGGGUCCAAAAAAACGCAAAAAAAGGACGCAGCCAUUAUCCAGCCAUCUUGACCUCAUGUUGGGUCAAUAACUCGUAUUACUUCUAUUACGUACUUUUAGGUUUAUUAAAAAGCAAGGAUUGGAUAGGACAUUUUUAGAAUGUGAUGAGCACAUGUGGCGACUCGGCGACAGAAAACUGCCCUCUGACAUUGAAAUCGAUGGCGGAAGUGACUGGAUUGGUUUAAACAAGAAAUUCUGUCACUAUUUAGUAACAUCAAAGGACCCUCUAGUAGUGAGACUCAAGCACAUGUAUGGAUACUCGCUACUUCCAGCAGAGGUUUGUAGAUAAAGCAAUUUUCAAUGAGUGUCGAAAGUACGGUAAUCUGGGAUUGCCUCAGGUUUGACUUACUUCGCUCUGUGAUUGGUCCAGAAAUCUCCCGCAAGACGCUCAACCAAUCAGAUGUAAAGCCAAAACCACGACUUUGUGAUUCGCGUUUUCCCGCGCUCUAAAAAGUUUGUCUGUUUUUACUCUGAUCAGUCAUUGGCUAAUGGUGAUAAUACCUUUACUCUGGUUGGCCUUAGCAUGGUUUUCGUUUUUGGACACUUGAUUGAACACUGCGCCAAUGUGGUUUAGGCCUGAACAGAAAGAAUACGUAACUAGUUAGGGACGAGUAGGAGGGGAACUUACAGUCACAACUCUACAUAAGCAAAGUGAAACGUGUGUCGAGACUAAAGCUGUCUUAUUUUAUUUAUUUAUUUUUUAUUUUUUUUGUAGUCUUUCUUCCACACCGUUUUAAGGAAUGGUCCUUACUGUGAGACGUUCGUCCGAAGCAAUCUUCGUCUCACAAACUGGAAGCGGAAGCUGGGCUGCCGGUGUCAGUACAAGCAUAUCGUGGAUUGGUGUGGCUGCUCACCAAACGACUUUAAGCCCGAGGAUUUGCCUCGGCUGAAGGUUAGUGUUAAAUUGUAAAUGGUUACGACUGUUUGCCCCUAUUGCUCCGUAUUACUAGAUGUAAGAAGCAAAGAAACCUUUGUUAGGGAGACUCGAAACAAAAUUUAAACCCUAGUAACGUUCCUAGUAUCGUUUGCCAUAUUAGAACGAUGUUUUAUUUGUUGAGCUAGGAAGCCACACGCUUUUUAACUUUGGCUUCGUGUGAUAUUUCCUUUGUUUCAAUUUUGUUCAUUGCCCAAGUUACAAUUGAUUUAAGUUUCGCAUCAGAUUGGCUGACUGAGUGGCGUAAGUUUUCAUAGUAAAUCGCAGAGAGUAUGGAACAAAAGCAAACCAUCGAAAAUUCCGGGAUUUCUAUGAAAAUAUUACGUAAGAGGAAUUUUUAAUUGCAUGUCAAAAGUUAUCCGGGAUUGCAUCGGUUUCGUUUGCCUCCGCCCUGUGAUUGGUUAAAAAAAAAACUCGCGCCACUCUUUCAACCAAUCAGAUGCAAACAAAAAGCCAGUCACAACUUGGUCACCUGCGCUUUCCCGCACUUUGGGCGGAAUGCUUGGUUUUAGUAUGAGUUCUCAUUGGUUCUUCAGAAUAUUUUCCUCUCUUCUGAGUGGUUGUUGUGAUAACUGUGGUUUGGUUUUUACGACACUCGAUCGAAAAGGGCUCUAUUUAACUAACAGAGAACGAAAGAUAACCAGGCGCAAAUUUAAAAGCGUGUGGCUUCGUAUCGCAACGGAUAAAAGAUCGUUCUAAUAUUGCAAACGUUACCAGCGUUCAAGUCUCGUUUUGAAUCUCCGUAGCAAGGGUUCCUUCGCUUCUUAAUAAAUUACUGAUCGCAGCUCUAAACCUUUUAUUUCAUCACAGAGUAAGUCAACAAAUUUCUUCGCACGUAAAUUCGAGGCGAUCGUGAACCAAGAGGUCAUCAACCAGUUAGACGCUUGGCUUUAUGACCCAUAUCCGACCGACACGCAAGGACUGAAUUACUACUGGGAGAAUCUUUUCCAUCGCGAAGACUCCAUCACCAAAACUAGCGACGUGUUUAGAACAUUCUUCCAUGCUUUUGCCAGAGUAGGCGAGAAAAGUUUAAAAGCAGCAGCCUCGCAAGGAGCUAAAAGCCAGAAAUGUCCAAGUGGGAGGGUUUUAGACAUUCAGGAGAUCACACUACUGAAUCAACAUGAUCAAUUUGGCGGGCUAUUAGUUUUGUAUGAUGUUGAAUAUUCAACAAAGGAUGGCGAUAAACAGGUCGUCACUUUAGAAUCGUGGCUGGCUCCGUUGAGUCAUGAAGAGCUUUUGAAUCUGAACAUGAGUAACGGACCACAGCGACUUGUGGGGCUAGAGGUAACAAAAACUUAUUUCCUACCAACAAAGCUUUUUACUGUUAAUUUGUCGAUUUUUUUUCUUAGUUUAUUAUAGUAAAUGUAGUCCUCUUUAAAAUAGCAUAAUGUACUUCAUACUAUGCUCCAUAAUAUGCUUUUCAGCCAGAUUGUUCCAGGCGUUUAAUUAGUAAAACGAAGUGAAAAACGAGGGGGGUUUGGGUCGACUCUAACCUCGACUCUAACCUCGAUCCUAACCUCGAUCCUAACCUCGAUCCUAACCUCGAUCCUAACCUCGAUCCUAACCUCGAUCCUAACCUCGAUCCUAACCUCGAUCCUAACCUCGAUCCUAACCUCGAUCCUAACCUCGAUCCUAACCUCGAUCCUAAAGUCGUCUCUAACCUCGACCUUGACCUUGACCUCGACCCCGACCCCCUUGUUUGUUUUUUUUUUUGCUCUGCCGCUACAAUAGCGCCGUUUGCUAUUUCGUUCCGUUUGCCAACAAAAGGCUUGGAAAAGGUUACUUUCAAGGCGGCUAUUUUAAUAACUGUCGUAGAGGUGAAGUGCAUCCUAUCUUGUAAAGAAUUAAAAACAAAUCAGGUGUGGCUUAAAACUAACAUUUGGGGCCAAAACACACUACAAAAUUUAAGAGCGAGUGUACAACCAGAGUAAAAUGGAGGGAAAGUGUGUAAGCACAAUCAAGAGCGCCAAGCUCGUGAAAACUUUUAACCAGCAUUUGGCGCAAGUUGACAUACGACUGGAUGAGCGCGGGUAGAGGCACGAAAUGGUAAUCUUCUAGUUAAACUUCGACAGCAAUUUAUCAGGAAAUUGGAUAUGCUUGACGACUGUCGUUGACGUUAUAUUAACAUACAUCAGAUUUGUAUACUUGUUGGAUCACAUCUGUUCCUCUUUUCUUAGGUGGGCACUAGUUGGGACCAAAAGGAGAGGGUCUUUCGCAACAUGGCCCGUCUGAUGGGUCCCUGGGACGACCCUGUCUUGGUACACCGCUGGGUUCAUGGCAAAGCAUUUGAUGUAAAACUUAUGUGGGUGGACCCCAUCAACGUGGUGACGGGAAUUUAUGAAAUGCGCGUGGUCGAUAACUGGGUGGUUUCAUUUCACAAACCCACUUUCAAGAAACCAAUGCGGCCUGGAAAGUGGACAAUUAAAAUGAUUUUCUCGCAUAAAGGCGAGGAUAUGGUCAUAGGACAAACGAAAUUCUUAGUGGUUCCUCUGUCAUUCUCAAAAGGCCAACCUAUUAGCUCUAAUGAAGCUGUCGCCGCGAACAGCGGUCCACCGGGCGGGAUUUAUAACGCGAAUGAUUUCUUAAUCGAGUUUGACCGAGAGGCAAACAACACAGAGGCCCUGGCCACGAAUGCUGCGGAGAAUUCUAGGAAGUCUGGGGAACCGCUUCAUGAUUGGAUAGACAAUGUUACAGAAUAUUUUUGGACGGUAGAAUCGUCUUGCAUAGUUCAAGGGAAGAUUCCUGGUUGCGAGCAAAUUCCACAAUGUGAAUCUACUUCAUGGAGUUCAAGGUCACCAGAUCCUAAAUCAGAAAUAGGUAGAGUGAAACCUAAUGGUCGAUUACGAUAGUAAAUCAAUUUCAAUGUAACACUUUCACUCCCAAGAAUGGAUUGAUAAUGCUCAUUUCUAUCCACACCGCAUCAUCCCGUUGGCGGUCGUCCAUCACUCGUGUGUUAAAGACCGAAUUGGACUUCACUUGGUCCAAUUACCAUUAUACCAUUUAGUGACUAACAACACCCUCUAGCUGACAAGUUUUGGCUGUCCUCAAUACCUGUUUGAGGGAUUAUGCCUUGAAGGGGCGAGAAGUUACAGAUCGCGAUCACAACUGGGAGUUAAAGUGUUAACGGGGUUUUUUUUCCCAUAGAAAUUUUUAGAUCUUCAAAUUACGUUCAAAAUGUUCCGCAAACGAAAUAGUGUAUUUAUUAUUCUUGCCACGAUAAUUUUGAUAACUGUUAUAGCGUUAUAUGGACUAAAAGAUUACAAUUCACUCAUAUCUUUUGAUUGAAAUUCCUCUUAAACGUUUAGAGCUUCUUCGGAAUUUGGUUCAUGCUGAACUUUGAGACUGCCUAUUUAGGCUAAUGCACUCUCCGACCGUAGCUGUUGUAUGCACAGUUAUUCAUUUAAAAGAAAGUCGAAGAAUUUGUUUGGAUGUGUGCUAUAUGCCAUGUGCUAUAUUAGGGUUUUUAAUAGAAUAAACUGCCACUCAAAAUUUUACACGCGCUGUUGUUGGGGAAAAUUAAAUUACUCAUCUUCCACAGUUGUUGGCAUGAGUUUAUGUAACUUAGACCCAUUUCCAGCCGGAAGAAGAUGAAUAUAUCCCUCCAAUGUGAUGAAGAAGUAUUUAUUGAAUUUUGAUAAAUGCACAUAACUUUACAUUUAAAAAUGCAUUUUUUGUCUUGUUCAGUUUCCCACUCAAAAAAUCAAAGAAAAAAUACUUUUUCAUGCCAAAUUCUCUUGAUGGAUCAAAAGACAGCCCUAACUUCAAGUUUUAAAAGGCGAUGAUUAACUGUUAAUCACCUUUGCAUCUUCAAUACGAAGAGGUUGAGGUUUUACAAGCUAACUUGCUUCAUAUAGUAACUCGUUUUGUUAAAUUAAGGAGCUUUAGUGGGGCGAAGAACACUUGAUGACGCUCUUUUAUCUCAGAGUGUUUGAAAAAUAAAC